AUGGGAGGAAAUCACACACAUGGCAAAUUCAUCCUGUUGGGAAUUACUGACAGCCCAUGUGCACAGACCCCUCUUUUUGUCUUGUUUCUCUUGAUUUAUGUUGUCACUCUGGUGGGGAACGCUGGCAUUAUCAUCUUGGUGCGGGUGUCUCCCAGCCUCCACACCCCCAUGUACUUCUUCCUCACCCAUUUUGCCUUCGUUGACAUCUGCUAUUCCACAGUCGUCUCCCCCAGGAUGCUGGCAGACCUGUUGUCAGAGGACAAAACCAUUUCUUUCUCUGCCUGCAUGAUGCAGUUCCUCAGCUUUGCUUUCUUUGCUACUAUUGAGUGUCACCUCCUGGCCAUGAUGGCCUACGACCGGCACGUUGCCCUUGGAAUCUGCCAGUCCCUGCUUAACGUGACCAUCACCUCCAGCCGUGUCUGCUGGCAGCUGGUAGCAUCAUCCUACCUCUUUGCCUUUCUCACUGCUACGAUCUGCACAUGGUGCACAUUUGGAGAUUCCUUCUGUGGUUCCAACCGCAUCGAC